UAGGCUAACCCUUACUACAAACAUCUAAACUUCCCAUCAUCAUGUGUUUUCCUGGACAGCUUUGGUUUGUGUUUACUCCUCCAUUCGUCCCUGCUUUGCAUGAGGCAGCCAGCUGGGCUGCUCCGUGAACGCACCUCCCUCUUCCUGAGUGGCUUUUCUACUUUUGUCGCAUACUGAAAGAGAGCUGUGUGGGUGUGAUCAGCCUCAGUCCCCGGGUCAGCACGUUGGAAAAAGUGUCACUGAGGAUUACAUCAGGUGUAAAGCCCGAAACAGACUGUACUUAUUAGUGAAAAGUGUGCGUAUACAGAGAAACAGCAGCACUAUUUCCCACGGAGUAAUCUCCCCAACAGGGCGGGGGUUGGGUGUUUUUUUUGAAGGGGUACCACUCAUUUACUUACUCACACCUCCCCUCAGCAGCAUCCUGAGUCAAUCUGCUCCUCAUUCUCACUGAAAACGAGCAACAGGUUGAGCAGCAGCAGCAGAAGCAGCAGUGUGUGUGUGAAGGCGAGUGAAGCCUACCAUGCCGAGCAAAAGCCAAUAUCUGCGCCCCAGGCUGUGCACGCUGGAGAAGGGGGACAACGGCUACGGUUUCCAUCUCCACGGGGAGAAAGGUAAGACCGGGCAGUUCAUACGGCUGGUGGAGCCCGACAGCCCGGCAGAGACGUCGGGGCUCCGCGCAGGGGACCGGCUGGUGUUCGUGAACGGGGACGACGUGGAGAGCGAGAGCCACCAGCAGGUCGUGUCCCGGAUACGUGCCACCGUGGGCCAGCUUGAGCUCAUCGUGGUGGACCCGGACACAGAGCAGCUGCUGAAGAAACACAACAUGAAGUGUCUGAGGGAGUAUGUCACCGACGGUGUCCCGUUACCUUUUGACGAGGACGAGGUAGAGGAGGAGGAAGAGGAGGUGGUGGAGGUGGUGGAGCAGGAGGAGGUGGAUGGGGAAGUCGACGGGACAGAAAACGGGGAUGAGCGGCACGCCAAGAGGGACGAGGUGGAGGAAGAGGACGGGACACCCAGGGAGUCCACGCCGGUCCCGGAGAGUAACGGAGAAAUUCACGGGCACGUCGAGAAGAAGCUGAGCAUAAACUCUGAGAAGGAGGAGGUGUGCACUGAACUGCGGCCACGUCUCUGCGUGAUCCGGCGAGAGCCUAACGGAUAUGGCUUCAACCUGCACAGCGAGCGGGCGCGGCCUGGCCAGUACAUCCGAGCUGUGGAUGAGGACUCUCCAGCAGAGAGGGCAGGCCUACAGCCCCGAGACAGGAUAGUACAGGUGAACGGUGCGUCAGUGGAGGGGAAGACGCAUUCAGAAGUGGUGGCUAUGAUUAAAGGAGGUGGGAAUGAGACCCGUCUGCUGGUGGUGGACCCCGACACAGACGCCUUCUUCAAGAAGUGCCGAGUGGCCCCCACCUCGGAGCACCUCACCGGUUUGCUGCCCGAGCCUGUCGUUAAUGGAGGAAUGGAGGAGAAGGUGAACGGUAGAGGGGCCAAAGAGGCAGAGAGGGACUCGAAGCUGUCCGUCAGUCCUUCUCCAUCCAACGCCUCGUCCAACACCUCGCUCACAACCCCACCCACAAACACCCCACCUGAGUUGGUGAUCACAAACACCAUCCCAGCUCUCAACCUGACCCUGCAGCAGGUCAAAGAGCGCGCCCACCAGAAGCGCUCCAACAAGAGAGCCCCGCCCAUGGACUGGACCAAGAAAAAUGAACUCUUCAGCAACCUAUAGGGCAUCUCAGCUCCCCUCUCACACACACACACACACAUACACACACAGAUUUUUAUUAUAGAUAUCAGAAUGAAUUUAAAAUCCUUGUAUUAUUAUGACAGUUUAACUAUUGGCUGCAGACAAAUUCAAGCCUUUCUGUGAAAUAUAGUAUUCUUCUUAUUAUUCCUCUUCAUGUUAUUAUAUUACACAUAUUAUAUGUAUAAUGUGCUACUAACGAUGAAAGAUGUAUAUGCCAAGGAAAGAGAACUGGACCGUGAUGACAAUGUGUGUUUGCGUGUAUGUGUGUGUGUGUGUAGCCAUGCCCAGUGUGUAUGUGAGCAUACUUUCCUUCAUGAGUGUGUGUGUGUGCAUGUGUGUGUGCUCUCAGUGGACCCUGACAGUCCCUGCUGGUCAGAGUCUGGUGCCUGUGGAAAACAAGGUGGAGGAGUUUGAUCGUCACCCUAAAUUUAAUGACCGGCUCCUCCGUCUGCUUAUCUGCCUUUUAAAAGUUUCUACUAACAUUUAAAAUAUUGAAGCGUCUUCUUGUGGAACGAUAACAGGACCAGGCACAUGCUGUAAAACCAGCCUGACAAUCAUUUCAUCAUUUAUCCCCCAGUUUAACUUGUUUUUUCCCUUAUUAUGCCUGACACAGGACUGAGUUAAAUUCACUUUCAGGUCAUUUAAUUCAACAUUGACAGUAAUGAUUUUAAUUGUGUAGAUAUUCACUCUUAAUAACUUCCUUACAUAUAAUUUUUGUGAUAUUUUUAAUAAUUAAAUGAUCCUUAAUUCAGAUAAACACCAUUUCAUUCCUCAUACAAUGAUUUCUUUUGUUUUUUGAAAAUACACACUGAUGGCUUUAAAUGGGAAAGUUUUUAAAGGAGAUUCUCUUAUAACGUGCUGUACAUAUAUAUAAAAAUCAUAUAUCGUGUAUAUUUUUACAUUUUUGAUAAAUAUCCCGCUCUGAAAGUGAGUUCAGCCUAACCCUGUGUUGUUACCAUGACAUCCACCAUUUAUCCAUACUUUGUCUCUGGACACAUUCAAUGUGAACUACAGUUUAUGAGUAACUUAUACCGUCCACACUUUGCCAUCAGGCCCGCUGUGAAUGGCCGUUCAGUUCACAUAAACACUUUUAUUGCUCCUGGAAUAAAUGCUUUGUGAGAUUUUCUUUUCUUUUUCUUUUUUUUUUUUACAUGUUUCUAUUGAUGUCUUAAAAACUUAACUUUGAGAUCAUGCAUGUCUGAAAGAAUGUCUGUGCUUCACUAGAUUUGAUACUGAAGUAUUGAGAGCAGUGAUGCUUUUCGAAAUGAACGAUGGCUUUAUAUGAAGAGUUGUUUUGUAGCUUGUGUAAGCAGUGAGCAGAUCCUUUACUGUAAUAAAUCAGUUAUUACAACCAUGUUA